GUUGAGGAAGACAUCUUGUCGAGGUUAGUUGAUCACCCCUAUACCUUUUGGAUCUCGCCGCCAUCGAGGGAUAUGCAGCAUGAUGUAUUCUCUUUGGAUUGCAUUCCCAUCAUCGUUGCAAGCUAUUUUCUUCGUCUGCGCUGUUUGCGCAUGGCGGGGAUGAUCGUUUCUCGAGAUGGGUUUGCGACGAUGGGACAACAGGCAAAAACAGAAAAGAAAGGUCAUCAGUAACUAACAAUUCACAAAAGGCCUUCUUCAAGAUGCAGAUCUUCGUCAAGACCCUCACGGGUAAGACUAUCACCCUUGAGGUGGAGUCCUCGGACACCAUUGACAAUGUCAAGUCCAAGAUCCAGGACAAGGAGGGUAUCCCCCCCGACCAGCAGCGCCUGAUCUUCGCUGGUAAGCAGCUCGAGGACGGCCGUACCCUCUCGGACUACAACAUCCAGAAGGAGUCUACCCUCCACCUCGUGCUCAGAUUGCGUGGUGGUGGUAAGAAGCGCAAGAAGAAGGUGUACACCACCCCCAAGAAGAUCAAGCACAAGCGCAAGAAGACCAAGCUCGCUGUCCUCAAGUACUACAAGGUCGACGGUGACGGCAAGAUCGAGCGUCUCAGGAGAGAGUGCCCCGCCCCCGAGUGUGGUGCUGGUAUCUUCAUGGCCGCCAUGCACAACCGCCAGUACUGUGGCAAGUGCCACCUCACCUACGUCUUCGACGAGUCCAAAUAAGCGGAUAGCCAAACGGGUCUUACAUCUACCGGU